UUGGAUAUUUGUUACUCCCCAUCAAUCACCCCAAAGUUCCUAUCCAAUCUUUUAAAGGAGAAGAAGAUUAUUUCCUACGGGGGCUGUUUUACUCAGCUUUACUUUUAUGCUCUGUUUUCUACCACCGAGUGCUACCUCCUAGCUGGGAUGGCGUAUGAUCGCUAUGUGGCAAUCUGCAAUCCUCUACUCUAUUCGAUCACCAUGUCCCCAAGAAAGUGUGUUCAGCUGAUAGCAAUUUCCUAUAUUGCCGGGAUCAUUAAUGCAUUAGUGCACACAAUGGCUGCAACUAGACUGUCCUUCUAUGGCCCAAACAUCAUUAAGAAUUUUUAUUGUGAGGGUCCUCCCCUUUUUGCUCUUUCCUGCUCAGAUAUCAUGUAUUACGAUUCAAUGGGAAACUGCACACAGGUGACAGAAUUCAUACUCACUGGGUUGACCGAUGACCCACAGGUGCAGCUGAUCCUGUUUGGGACAUUUUUGGCUGUUUAUGCCAUCACCCUGGUGGGAAAUGUGGGCAUGAUUGUCUUAAUCAGGAUCAAUCCUCAACUCCACACCCCAAUGUACUUUUUCAUUACCAACCUAUCCUUCUUGGAUAUCUGCUACUCAUCGUCUGUCACCCCAAAGUUACUAUCCAAUCUUUUAAAAGAGAAUAAAGUUAUUUCUUUUGUGGGUUGCUUUACUCAGCUUUACUUUUAUGGCCUAUUUGGCACCACAGAGUGCUACCUCCUAGCUGUGAUGGCCUAUGACCGCUACGUGGCGAUCUGCAAUCCUCUACUCUACCUGAUCACCAUGUCCCCCAAAAAGCGUGUCCAGCUGAUAGCAUUUUCUUAUAUUGCUGGGAUCAUAAAUGCUUUAGUGCACACAACUGCUGCUUCUCAAUUAUCCUACUGUGGCACAAACAUCAUUAAGCAUUUUUAUUGUGAAGUUCCUCCCAUAUUGGCACUUGCCUGUUCCAACAUUAGCCUUAAUGAUCUCUUGAUGUUUUUAUUUGUGGGGUUCAGUGUAAUAACAACCAGCCUGAUCAUUCUCACCUCUUAUACUUACAUCCUGGUGACCAUUUUAAAGGAUCACUCUGCCAAGAGUCAUCAGAAAGCCCUCUCCACUUGUACAUCUCAUCUCAUGGUCAUUGGCAUUUUCUACGGAUGUUGUAGCUUUAUCUAUGCACGACCAAGCUCUAGGCAGUCUCACCGCCUAGACCAAGUGGCUUCUGUGUUUUACGUAGUGGUGACUCCCAUGCUAAACCCCUUGAUCUACAGCCUGAGGAACCAGGAGGUCAGAACUGCCAUCAGAAAAGCCCUAGGAAAAAAAGCUGUGUCCCUUUGUUCUUAA